UUGAGCAGGACCGGAAGCGGGCGAGGGCCCUCCGGGGCGGCGGUGGCGGGCGGUUUGAAUCGGGAGCGGGGCCCGAGACCGUGGGGACUACGACAAAGCGGGCUGUCGGAGACGUGGCCUCAGCCCCCCGGAGCAGGGCAGCAAGUUCGCUGAUACAUGUUGGAGUAUUAAAGAAGGGGGAACAGAAUGAGCUGGGCUUUGGAAGAAUGGAAGGAAGGCCUCCCUACCAGAGCGCUACAGAAGAUUCAGGAGCUGGAGGGGCAGCUGGACAAACUCAAGAAAGAGAAGCAACAGAGGCAGUUUCAGCUUGAUACGCUGGAGGCUGCGCUGCAGAAGCAGAAGCAGAAGGUUGAAACAGAAAAAUCUGAGGGCACGAACCUAAAGAGGGAAAACCAAAGAUUGAUGGAAAUAUGUGAAAACUUAGAGAAAAGUAAGCAGAAGAUUUCUCAUGAACUUCAGGUCAAGGAGUCACAAGUGAAUUUCCAGGAGGGUCAGCUGAACUCAGGCAAAAAACAAAUAGAAAAAUUGGAGCAGGAACUUAAAAGGUGUAAAUUGGAGCUUGAAAGAAGCCAGCAAGCCGCGCAGUCUGCAGACGUCUCUCUGAAUUCGUAUAACACACCACAAAAAAUUUUUGCCACUCCGCUAACGCCAAGUCACUGUUACAGCGGUUCCAAAUAUGAAGACCUCAAAGAAAAAUACAAUAAAGAAGUUGAAGAACGGAAAAGAUUGGAGGCCGAAGUUAAAGCUUUGCAGGCUAAAAGAGCCAGUCAGGCGCCUCCCCAAACCACCAUGAAUCACCGGGACAUCGCCCGGCACCAGGCUUCCUCGUCUGUGUUCUCCUGGCAGCAGGACAGGACCCCGCAUCGGCUUUCAUCUCACUCUCAGAAAACUCCAAGCAGGAGGGGUUUCUCCACAGCUCACAUAUUUGGGGAAGAAGAGGCAACUCCGAGCAGAUCCAUUUUGCAGACGGGGAAAAGAAACCCUGAUAGCAGUUGCUGGGACCAUUCUGGCGGCUCCCCUCUUGUGGAGCAAUUGAAAGGCCACAAUCAAGAGCUACGGAGCAAGGUUAAUGAGCUGGAGCUACGUCUACAAGGGCAAGAGAAAGAAAUGCAAGGCCAAGCGCAUAGACUUCAAGAGCUGCAACUCCAGCUGGAGAAAACAAAAGUGGAAUUAAUUGAAAAAGACAAAGUUUUGAACAAAAAUAGGGAUGAACUCGUGAGAACAACUUCACAGUAUGACCAGGCAGCAACCAAGUGUUCUGCGCUGGAACAAAAGCUGAAGAAGUUGACGGAGGACCUGAGCUGCCAGCGGCAAAACGCGGAAAGUGCCCGGUGUUCCCUGGAGCAGAGGGUCAAGGAGAAAGAAAAGGAGCUUCAGGAGGAGCUCUCCCGGCAGCAGCGGGCCUUCCAGAUGCUGGAGCAGGAGAGCACGCAGACGAAAGCCAGGCUGACCCAGGAGCUGCAGCAGGCCAGAAAUGCGCUCUGCAGCUCGGAGGCCGAGCUGGACAGAGUCACAGCAGUAAAGCAACAGUUAGAAAAAAGUUUGGAAGAAUUUAAGCAAAAGUUCGGCAGAAUGGAACAGGCUUCCAAGGAGCAGCAGGCGGAGGAGGAGGCGCUGCGGAGGAGCAGCCAGGAAAUGAAGAAGGAAAAUGGCCUCCUUAGGAAUCAGUCUGAACAAAGGGCCAGAGAAGUCAGCUACCUGGAGGAGGAGCUCCGGAAGGUCCGAGCGUGUUUGAGUCAGAGCCAGAACUUCGCGGAAGAAAUGAGAGCUAAGAAUACCUCUCAGGAGACCAUGCUAAGAGAGCUUCAAGAAAAAAUAAAUCAGCAAGAAAACUCCUUGACUUUAGAGAAACUGAAGCUCACCUUGGCUGAUCUGGAAAAGCAGCGAGAUUGUUCCCAAGACCUUUUGAAGAAGAGGGAACAUCACAUCGAGCAGCUGAACGAGAAGUUAAGCAAGAUAGAGAAAGAGUCCAAAGCUUUACUGGGUGCCUUGGAGCUAACGAAGAAAGAAUACGAGGAACUGAGCGAGGAGAAGACUCAGUUUUCUCGUUGGAAAAGUGAACAUGAAAAGCUUGUGCAACAGAUGGAAUCAGAAAAGGAGAGCUUGCAGAGUAAAAUCAGUCACUUGGAAACAUGCCUCAAGACACAACAAAUGAAAAGCCAUGAGUAUAAUGAGAGAGUCAGGACGCUGGAGAUGGAAAGAGACAACCUCAGCGUAGAGAUGAGGGACCUGCGCAACACGGUCGACGGCAAGACACGGGAGGUGGAGACACAGAAGCAGGCCUACGGAGAGCUGCAGCAGAAAGCCGAGCUCUCAGAUCAGAAGCAUAAGAAGGAAAUAGAAAAUCUGAGCCUCAAGACUUCUCAACUUACUGGGCAAGUGGAAGACCUGGAACAGAAGCUUCAGUUGCUGUCUAGUGAACUAGUGGAAAAGGACCAGCAUUACCAAGACUUGCAGGCUGAAUAUGAGAGCGUCAGAGAUCUGCUUCAAUCCCGAGACUGUUCUCUACCACAGAAGGACCAUCAGAGCACUUGUCUGGCUUUUGAACAGCAGUCUGCGAUGAAUACUUCCUUUGUAAAUGCAAUGGGAGAAGAAGGACGCAAUUCUUCAGAGAGGAGCCAGUGUCUUUUAGAUGCAGACCAAAGUCCAAAAAGUUCAGCCGUCCUACAAAAUACAGUUGUUUCUCUCCAGUUUUCCUUAGAGUCACAAAAGCAGAUGAACUCCGAUCUGCAGAAGCAGUGUGAAGAGUUGGUGCACAUCAAAGGGGAAAUAGAAGAAAAUCUCAUUAAAGCAGAACAGAUGCAUGAAAGCUUUGUGGCCGAGACAAGUCAGCGCAUCUGCAAGCUACAGGAAGACACUUCGGUUCAUCAGAAUGUUGUUGCAGAAACUUUAGUUGCCCUUGAGCUCAAGGAAAAAGAGUUGGAACUUUGGAAGGCAAAAUUAGAAGCUGAGCAAGCAGAGAUUCAAGAAUUAAAAAAGAGCAGCCAGCUCCUAGAAGACGCUCUAAAGGAGCAGCAGCUUUUGUCUGAAACCCUGAGCUCGGAGAAGAGGGAGAUGAAUUCCAUCAUUUCUCUAAGUAAAAAAGAAAUUGAAGAGCUGGCCCGAGAGAACGGGACUCUCAAAGAGGUGAAUGAAAUCUUAAACCAAGAGAAAAUAAACUUGCUCCAGAAAAAUGAGGAAUUUUCAAACCGUAUAGAGGAACGAGAGCAAAGUAUUUCACAGCUAUCUGAUCAGUACAAGCAAGAAAGACUCGUUUGGCUACAGAGGUGUGAGGAGACCGGAAGUGCGUUUGAGGAUCUCAGCGAAAAAUACAAAGCAGCACAAGAAGAGAACUCGCGGUUAGAAUGCUUGCUAAAUGAAUGCACCGGUAUUGGUGAAAGUAGGAAAAAUGAAUUGGAGCAGCUAAAGGAAACGUUUGCAAAAGAGCAUCAAGAAUUCUUAACAAAAUUAGCUUUUGCUGAAGAACAAAACCAGAAGCUAAUACUAGAGUUUGGGGCAGCGCAGCAAGCUUUGAAGUCUGAGAUGAGGGACCUCCACACCAGUUCCAAGAGCGAGGCUGAUGCCUUAAAGCAAGAAAUCAUGACUUUAAAAGAAGAACAGAAUAAGAUGCAGAAGGAAGUUAACGACUUAUUGCAAGAGAACGAGCAACUGGUAAAGUUAACUAAGACUAGACAGGAGGGUCAGCAUCUCGAGCUGGAACCAGUGAGGGACUGUGUGAAAGAAAGAGAAGAUGAGAUCAGCACAUGCACUUUCCAGCUUCAGAUGGAUCUUGGAGCCGGAGACAUUGCCCCAAAUAAUUACAGUGCCCGGCUGGCCCAGUUAGAAGCUUUGAUAAGAAAUACAGAAUUAAAACUUCAGGAAAGUGAGAAGGAGAAAGAGCACCUGCAGCAGGAAUUGAGGACACUUAGAGGAGACUUAGGAGCUGGAAACGUGCAAGAGUGUUUGUCACAGGAAAUGAGGGACCUCACGGACCGUGAAGUGGAUGCGGAAGGAAAGUACAGCUCAGUGCUUCGUGAGCCAUCCCCAAGGCAGGCUGACAGUGCACCCUUGCAGUGUUCUCUCCAGGCAGCCUGGAGCAAGCUGGGCGAGCUGGAGAAGAUGUGUGAGAUGCUGCAGGUAGAAAAGCUGCAGCUGCUGUCGGAACUGAACAACUCAAGGUCAGAAUGCAUCACAGCAACCAGUAGAAUGGCAGAAGAGGUAGAGAAGCUAGUGAAUGAAAUGAAAAUAUUAAACGAUGAAAACAGCCUUCUCCGAGGUGAGUCUGUGGAAGAAAUGCCGGCCAGUGAAUUUGAUGGGCAACAAAACGAGCAGACGCCUGUGUCCUUGAACCCUUUGGAUGAUAGCAGUUCCUAUGAACAGUUGACCUUGUCAAGCAAAGAGGUUCAAACGCACUUUGCUGAACUGCAGGAGAAAUUCUCAUCUUUACAAAGUGAGCAUAAGAUUUUACACGAUCAACAUUGUCAGAUGAGCUCCAAGAUGUUGGAGCUGCAGUCCUACGUUGACACACUGAGGGCUGAAAAUUCAGCCUUGUCGAUGAAUCUGAGAAACCUGCACGGUGAUUUAGAGAAGGAGAUGAAGCCAGAGGGACCCGUUCUGUCCCUGUCCUUCUCCUGUGUGAGAAGCCCUGGUGUGACAAGUUUAGGAGAGACUUCUUUUUACCAAGAUGUUUUAGAACAGACUGGAGACACAUCUCUUUUGAAUAAUUUAGGGGAGAGUGUUUCAGCAAACGCCAGCCUGGAGCAGGAGGAGGCUCUGUCUGCAAAAGAAGGCCCAGCUACCCCAGAGAAGUGUGUUGAAGAGCUUGAGACCCUCUGCCAGGGGUACCUGCAGUCCCUCAAGAAUCUGGAAGAGAAAAUGGAAAGUCAAGCGAUGAUGAAAGACAAGGAAAUUCAAGAGCUGGAGCAGUUACUAAGUUCUGAGAGGACAGAGCUGGACUGCCUUAGGAAGCAGUACUUGUCCCAAAAUGAAGAGUGGCAGCGGAAGCUGACAAGCGUGACUCUGGAGAUGGAGUCCAAGCUGGCGGCAGAGAAGCAGCAGACGGAGCACCUGGCCCUCGAGCUGGAGGUGGCGAGGCUGCAGCUGCAAGGCCUGGAGCUGAGCUCUCGGUCUUUGCUUGGAGCCGACAUAGAAAAUGCUAUUCAGGAUCAAAAUGAUAGCUGCGACUUCAAAGAAUCAGAAGAAAAUACUUCAGAAAUUACAGCACAAACACCAGCGCAGGACAGUCACCAGAUCUGUGAAGAGGUUGUCCGGAGGGACCUCAGAGUAGAGAUGGAGGGAACCACUGACACCCCACUACAAGGAGCUGAGGAGACACCCUCAGAGACCAGUGAUGAGACGGCAGCAAGAGACGAAAGCCAGGGCCGUCCUGAACAGACUUCCGAUCUGUCAUCCUGUGGCCCUCACGCUUUAGCACCUAUGGAGUUCGUGGAGAAUCAGGUAUCCAUCCAGUGUCUCCAGCUGCAGGUCAGAGAGACAUCAGAUGAGAACCUGAGAUUACUUCACGCCAUAGAGGACCGGGACAGAAAAGUGGAAAGUUUGCUAAAUGAAAUAAAAGACUUAGAUUCAAAACUUGAUUUACAGGAACUACAGCUAAAGACCAAGAUCGAACUGUGCCUACAAUUGGAAAAAAUAGUCGAGGAACUCCAGAAAGAAAAACGUGACUUAAGUGAAAAAUUAGAAUCCUUCUCCUGUGCUAGCCAGGAAUUAUGCCCGAGAGUAAAAACUUGUCAAACCCUCAGUUCUAAUUUAGAAAUGGGCACUGAUGAGUCCUCACAGGAAGUUCCUGAAGAGAACGUUGCCAAGGUGGAUGACAGCUGGAAGGAGCGAUUUCUCCAGGUGGAAAAUGAGCUGAACAGGAUCAAGGCUGACAACGCCAGACUCGAACAUCGUGCCCUGACCGUGGAAGCCGACUUAGAGGUGGCUCACACCGAGAAGCUGUGCUUGGAAAAAGAUAAUGAAAAUAACCAGAAGGUUAUUGUCCGCCUUGAAGAAGAACUCUCAGUGGCCGCAAACGAGAGAAACCAGCUUCAUGAAGAAUUAGACACUGUGACAAAAGAAAACAAAACCCUGGCUCAGAUGUCUGAGGUGAUGAAGGAGAAAGUCCAGGUGCUGGAGGCUGAGGUUAGGGACAAAGCAGCUGUCCUUCAGACUCUUUCCUUGCAGGUGAGCGAGCUGUCAGAAGGCAAAGGUGCUUUGCAGGAGCAGCUGCAGAGGUUGGAAGGGGACCGCCAGGCACUGUCCUCCGCGGCGCAGGACCUGGAAAGCCAACUCAGACGCCUGGAGGAGGAGAAAGAGUCGCUGGGCAGGGAGUCUGAGAGGCUUCAGGCCAAGCUGAACGAGUGGGAACAGGAAAGGCUGGCUGAGUCCAGGGCCCUGGAGACGGCACGGAUGGAGAGGAAUGAGAUUGCGCAGCGACUCCGCUCCACCCAGGAGGAGGUCCACCAGCUGCGGAGGGGCAUGGAGACACUGCGCAUGCGCAUUGAGGCCGACGAGAAGAAGCAACUGGACGUCCUGGAGAAGCUGAGAGGAAGUCAGCGGGAGAGCGAUGCGCUCCGGGACAAGGUGGAGGGUCUCCAGCGGGAGCUGCAGAUGUCUGAGGAGAACCAAGAGCUGGUGAUCCUGGACGCUGAGAACGCCAAAGCCGAGGUGGAGACCCUAAGAGCGCAGGUGGAGGAGAUGGGUGAAAGCCUGAGGGGUUCCCAGGGGGACCUCGCCAGGCUGCAGUCAGAGAAGGGCGAGCUGACAAAGCAGCUGCAGGAGAAACAGGCUCAGGUGUCAGAAUCAGAGGUGCUGCUCUCUUCACUUCGCAGUCUGGUAGAAGAGAAGGAGCGAGCGAGAGUACAGAUGCAAGGAGACUCUCAAACCGCGGCGGCGAAGAUCCAGGCGCAACUGAGAGAGCUGGCAGAGGAGGCGGCAGCCUUGUGUGAUGACCAAGGGGCCCUGGAGGAGGCCGGGGAACAGAGCCUGGACGCCCCAGGCAAUGCAGUGCCUCGGCUGAGGGCCAGCAUCGGGAGGCUGCGAGCCCGCGUAGAAGCUGACCGCAAGACGCAGCUUCGUGUCCAGGAGCAACUGACGGAAAGCCAGUGUCAUGCGGCUGUGCUGAAAGGUAGAGCUGAGAGUCUUGAAAGGGAGCUGGAGCUGUUGGGGAGAAGCCAGGAGCAGGCCAAUCGAGAGGCGGAGAAUUCCAAAGCCCAGGUGGAGACCCUCAAAGAAGAGGUCCAGGAGCUAUCCCAAAACCUGAGAGGCUUGGAAGCCGCUCUUGUUAAUGCACAGUCAGAAAAAGCAAAUCUGACCAAAGGACUGCAAGCAGAGCAAGCGCGCGUGUCUGAAUUAGAAAUAUUAAACUCAUCGUUGGAAAACCUGUUGCAAGAAAAAGAGAACCAGAAAGUGCAGAUACAAGAGGAAUCUGAAAUUGCGGUGGAGACGCUUCAAGCGCAGCUAAAAUUGCUGAAUGAGAAGAUGGUAGCCUUGUGCGACGACCAGGAAGCCUGCAAGGCCAAGGAGCGGGGUCUGAGCAAUCAAGUGGAUUCUCUUGAACUGGAGAAGGCUCAGCUGCUCCAGGACCUCGAGGAAGCCAAACACAAUUAUGUCAUUUUGCAGUCUUCGGUGACUGGCCUCAUGCAGGAUGCGCAGGACGGCAAGCAGCAGCUGGAGAAGAAGGAGGAGGAACUCAUUCGGCUGAAAGGUCAAGUUCAAGACCAGGAGCAGCUCGCGGCUAAACUGUCCCAGGUGGAGGGAGAGCGGCAGCUCUUGCAGGAGCAGAAAGCGGAACUGGGGACGCUGGCAGUGGAGUUGGAGCAGAAGGUCCAAGAGCUGCAGUCCAAAAACCACGCCUUGCAGGAGACCUUCGAAGCCUUGCAGAACUCUUGCAAGGAGCUAGAGAAUGAGCUCACGCUGACAAAAAUGGAGAAAAUGUCCUUGGUUGAAAAAGUAAACACCAUGAUUGCGAAGGAGGCUGAGCUGCAGGGGGAAAUGCAAGACAUGGUACAGAAAACAACGGAGCUGAAAGAAGAACUGAGUGGAGAGAAAAACAGGCUCACUGAAGAGUUAAAUGUGCUGUUGGAAGAAGUAAAAAGCAGCAAAGCAGACCACCUGAAACAUGUAGAUCAGCUGAAGAAGGGCAACGAACGUGCUCAUGGGAAAAUAAAGUUGUUGCUCAAAUCCUGCAAACAGUUAGAGGAGGAGAAGAAAAUGCUGCAGAAUGAGCUGUCUCAACUCGAAGCGGCCCAGAAGCAACAAGCAGGUGCUGCUAUGGAUGCUAAUGUGGAUGAGCUAAUGACGGAGAUCAGAGAGCUGAAAGAAACACUUGAAGAAAAAGCCAAGGAGGCCGAUGAGUACCUGGAUAAGUACUGUUCGCUGCUGAUAAGCCAUGAAAAGUUAGAGAAAGCGAAGGAGAUGCUGGAAACACAGGUCGCUCGCCUGAGUUCGCAGCAACCUAAGCGUGGUCUGAGCGGGUCUCCGCACGGUGCCCUGCCAAGUUCAGGCACACCAGGGCCAUCUCCAGCCCCGUCGGUCAGCGAAAGGAAGUCGUCAUCUGGCCGAAGUAAGGCUUCGGGCAAGAGGCAGAGGUCCAGUGGGAUUUGUGGGAAUGGAGGAGGACUGACGCCUUCCACUCCCGAGACCUUUCCUAAAAAAAGUCGGAAAGUGGUCAGAAGUGGUGGCCUCCACCCUGCCGAGGAUGAAGAAGAGUUUGAGCCAGAAGGACUUCCUGAAAUUGUAAAGAAAGGGUUUGCUGACAUCCCGACCGGGAAGGCCAGCCCCUAUGUCCUGCGGAGGACCACCCUGGCCACCAGGACCAGCCCCCGCCUUGCUGCGCAGAAGUCAGCCCUGUCCCCCCAGAGUGUGGGCAAAGAAAAUCUUGCAGAGUCCCCUAAACCAGCAGCUGGUGGCAGCAGAUCACAAAAGGUCAAGGAUACACAACAGAACCCAGCGGGGUUUGCAGAGCCCACUGUGAAACCUGUCUCUGUCAGCCACCUUCCUGGAAGGAGCUCAGCGGACAGCCCCGGGGACGGCCCCAGAACCAGGGGCAGCCUGCUAGUCCCUAACCCCGAUGCCAGGCCUGAACCCAUAAACAGCGAGAACUGUCGGGUCCAGUGAAGAGACCCCUGCAUCAUCGGAACCCCUGGGACGGGGACAGGAUGAAUCUCCUCCAAGGACUUUUCUUCAUCAGAGAGUGCUGUAGCAUUCAGGGGCAAACACUCCCUGGGACCUCUGUAAACUUUCCCUUCCAUGGCCCACGUGUAAGGGACAAGUAUGGAAGCACUGAGGACGCAGUCCUGACAAUGGCCCGCUACUGUCAUGUAAAUAGUCCCGUGUAAAGCUUUCUGGUCACCCGUUACAAUUAAAUGGCAAGCACCAUGACAGCCUCUGUUUGUAUGUGGAUUUAGCACGUUUUAACCUUCCGCUUGGAAACUUCUAGGAAAUGGAAACUUCUGCUUUAUGAUCUUUCCUAUGUGUAGAAUUAGACAUGAAAUUUUUUUUGAUCAAAAAUUUCUUUGAGCAGAGUGAAAUGAAGGAAACUCAUGUUAUAUGUUUCUAAGGAAGACAUGUCCUUCUGGUGUGUUUCAUACAUCACUGUUUAUGUAACCUGUACAUAUGUGUGUGUAGGGGCGGGGGGAGUGUCUGUGUGUUUUCCAGUUAGAGGUGCAGCAGAUCAUGCUUGCUGUCAUUGGACUUUGUUCUUAAGACUGUUAUAGUUCUUUGGUGUGCAUUUUCAUAUCUGGUGAUGUAGUAUUAGAAUAGGACCUUUUUCUCCUAAUAAAAAUCACUUUUUUCUUUGUAAAAA